GCAUUGGGAAGCCAACGCUGGAAGCGCAUAACAUUAACUGCACUGGCGAGCAGCUUGCUCAAACACACACUAUGUUGUUCUACAGGGUACAAAUUUUUUGAAGGUAUUUAGAGGAAAAAGUUGUUUACCUGGCCUGAUAACUUCUUCCUGGCAUUAUGUGCGGCAGAAGCGUUUGGUGGUUCAUCUGCAUUUUUGUGGCGAUAGUCACAGAUGCCAGCCUCAGUGACCCGGUCUCCAAUACAGGAUCUGAUUCUGAAGUCGCAGACAAUCGUUUAAGAACCGACAAGGAAGUGGAACCAGUUCAGAGGGUUAAGGAGACCGCAGCUGUGGAUCUGGCCGCCCUUCUGGACGCUGGGGACAGCGCAGUGGUAACGCUGGUGGCAGGCGACACACAUCUGGUGGCGCACAGGGCCGUCCUGAUUGCCAGGAGCACUGUGUUCGCCGCCAUGUUGCGCAACAACACGCUGGAGGCCAGCAGCGGCCACGUUGCCAUCUCAGAUGUGGAGGCUCCAGUGCUGCGCCACCUGCUAGCCUACAUGUACACACUCCAGGCCCCCCAGCUGCACAGCAUGGCCCCGCAGCUGCUGGCCGCUGCUGAAAGAUAUGGACUGUCUGCCCUGAAGGCAGAGUGUGAGCAGCUGGUAGCUGCACGAGUGUCUGGGGGGAGUGCGGCGGCCACAGCCGUCCUCGAAGUCAGGCGCUCCUCUAACAGCCUGAGGCAGGCCGUGGUUGACUUCAUAAAGGCUCACCUGCUCCACGUGAUGGGACAGACCCUGCACAGCCAGCGUGAAGAUCAGGUGGAAGUGAGCCGCCAGCUGUCUGUUCCACCAUCAAAAGCCAGCUCGCCAGCUACUGCAGACAGCCGGACGACCCCCUCCACUCAGCCACUCAGUGACCACAGCUGGAGUCGCGACGCAGCUGCACCGACCACCAUGUCUACCCACGACACUCCCCCACCUGACAGCGUUGCCAUCACUCUCCUGAGGACAUUAUCUGGAGAGGAGAAGGGAAGGAGGCUGAUCCAGGCAGCUAUUCAGGGCUCAAUGGAGGAAUUGCAGGCCCUGCUGGCGGCUGGAGUGAACGUGGGGGCGAGGGACAUGAAUGAGUGGACCCCCAUGCAUUGGGCAGCUGGCAGGGGAUACGAGGAGAUGGUGAGGCGUCUGCUGGCGGCAGGUGCGGACGUGGGGGCGAGGGACAAGUUCCAGCAGACGCCGCUGCACUUGGCUGCAUGGGGCGGCCGCCCAGCUGUCGUCAGGCUGCUGUCGGCGUCCUCUGCCGACCCAAACGCCAGGGAUGUGGACGGGUGGACGCCGUUGCACUCUGCAGCAUUCAAUGACGAGACAGAAGCAGCGACGGCGCUGCUGGAGGCAGGGGCUGACAGGGGGGCCAUAGACAACAAUGGGAGAACCCCGCUGGACAUCGCCAGACAGUACAACCAGCAGCAGGUGAUAGACGUGCUAUGAUCAACCUGUGGACUAAAAUAAAUAAAUCUUUUUACAGUA